AUAAAACUAGUGACUGAAACCUGGACUUAUGAAGAUAAAAGUCAGACCACGGGUUCUUUGACAAAAGGUCUGCCAAUGUGUCUGGAACCGCAAUGUUUGGGCAGUUGCACAGUGCAGGGAGACAUGUUUGGUGUAUAUAAACAAUGUGCAGGUCAGGUUCUGCAGAGAGCAGAAUGCCCUUGGCAAAGCGAGUUGCCCCGCCCCCUUCUUAACUUAACCUCAGUUAACACGCCGGCCUGCUCCCUUGACCUCCUCUCGUGUGUCUGACCCCACACCGCGCCGUGAAGCCGGCUCUCUCCUCUGUAACAAGAAAGAAAAAAAGCCGAGACCUGGCCACGCCCCCUGUUACGCUGCGGUUCAGCCAAUGGGAGGGCGCGUUUUCCUCGACGUCACCGGGUCAAAGGUUACAGCGAUGGCGGCGUCUCACUUGUAAACAGUCCUUCUUGUCGGAGGGCAGAUAUGAGGCUUCUGUCGAGGGCCGUGCGGUCUGCUGUGGGUCAGCGGGAGGGCAGCCGGAGACACUUCUGGGGAUGGCUCAAUGCAGUGUGCAACACUGUGGACCACGAAAGGAUCAAAGCCGUCGGUCCCGACCGAGCCGCCGCAGAGUGGCUGCUGAGGUGCGGCGCCAAAGUGAGGUUCCAAGGUUUCGAUCGCUGGCAACACGACUACAACGGACUGCCACCCGGACCCCUGGGCAGACACAAGAUCCAGGCCAUAGACGCCACUGAAUCCUGCAUCAUGUACAAAGGGUUCGAUCACCUGGAUGGUUUGAAAGACGUGGAGGAAAUCAAGUUCAUCAAGUGCAACUACAUCGAGGACGCCUGCCUGGAGAGGCUGAGCUCCAUCGAGAGUCUGCAGGAGAGCUUGAGCAGGAUGGAGGUGGUGUCGUGUGGGAACGUGACCGACAAGGGCCUCGUCGCCCUGCACCGGCUCAGGAAUCUGGAGCGUCUGUUUCUCAGCGACCUCCCGGGGAUCAGAGACAAACAGACGACAGUCCACCGGCUGCAGACGGCGCUCCCACGUCUGGACGUGUCGCUCGACUUGGACUGAGAGAGAGAAACUCUCCCUCUUCGUCAUCAUCGUAAAACGAGGCGGCUGAAGGGCUUGUGUCGUCAUGCAUCUGUUUCAUGAACCACGAAGUCACCUUUCAGCUGUAAUGAUGAAACGGCACGGCAAAGAUUAACGUUAGAGCACUUUAUUUUGUUGACGGCAGCUUUUCCCGAUAGGUUGAACUAUUCUGUCAUUUGUUAUAUUUCCUACAUUCAAGGUAAUAAAAGUUACUCCGUAUGUUGGGAAAUGCAAAAAGAACUUUUGAGUCUUUUGCCAUCAUUUCUCUUUCGAUUAAAUUUGGCAUUUGUACAAUAUGAGAGACAGAUGGCUGAACAUCCUGAGCACCAACGAUCCAGAGAUGAUGAUGAUGAUGAUGAUGAGUUCAAUGUGUGUUGUUACUGUGUUACGCUAUUAAUGUGGAUUAAAGGAAUAUUCACUCCCGGCGUCAAUAAAUAGUUCCAGAAUA